AUGGCACAUAGAAUGGGUGGACGGAAAAAGAACAAUAAAAAAGGAUUCCAAUUCACUCUUAUGGUUGUUGGCGCAUCUGGUACUGGCCGUACAACGUUUGUUAAUACACUUUGUAGUAGUGAAGUAUUAAAAGCAAAAUUAUGUGAUUCACCUGAAACUGCCCAUGUCGAAGAAGGAAUUCGUAUUAAACCAAAUUGGAAGAAGAUGGUUUUUCAAGAAAUAAUGGGUUAUCUGGAAAGACAAUAUGAUGAUAUCCUUGCCGAAGAAUCUAGAAUUAAACGUAACCCAAGAUUUAGAGAUAAUAGAGUUCAUGCGCUUCUUUAUUUCAUCACACCCACAGGUCAUUCUCUUCGAGAAAUUGAUAUUGAACUUAUGAAAAGACUCAGUCCACGUGUCAAUGUCAUCCCAGUUAUUGGUAAAUCUGAUACUUGUACACCAGCUGAAUUAUCAGAUUUCAAGAAAAGGAUAAUGGAAGAUAUUGAUCAUUAUAGCAUUCCUAUUUAUAAUUUUCCUUUUGAUUUUGAAGAAGAUGAUGAAGAUACAAUCGAAGAAAAUAGUGAAUUACGGGCACUUUUACCGUUUGCAAUUAUUGGGAGCGAAGAAGAAAUUAUUGUUAAUGGAAAACCAGUUCGUGGAAGACAAUAUCCUUGGGGUGUUGUUGAAGUUGACAAUCCACAGCAUUCAGAUUUUGCAAGGUUGAGAUCGGCUUUAUUGAGUUCUCAUUUACAAGAUUUGAAAGAAAUCACACAUGACUUUUUAUAUGAAAAUUAUCGUACCGAAAAACUUAGUCGAAAACAAAGUAGCAAUUUACCUGACGAUCUUGCUACUCAAACUGUACGUUUGAAAGAAGAACAACUGAAACGUGAAGAAGAGAAGUUGAGAGAAAUUGAAUUAAAAGUACAACGAGAAAUCACAGAAAAGAGACAAGAACUAUUAGCAAAAGAAGAAGCAUUGAGAGAUUUGGAAGCUC